AUGGCUUCUUACCACACUAGAUCUUUCAGUUUCCCCUCAAACUCUCACCCGGUUGCUGAUCAGUUGGAUGAACAAUUGAGCAGAUUGAGGUCAUCUCAAGCUGCCUCUACUUCAUCCCUAACCAACAAACUUAACAGCCUAAAUGAUUUAUACAAGUGUGUUGAAGAAUUUCUUCAACUGCCCCAUAAUCAGAAAACCGUAUCUCAAUCUCAAGGAGAAAGUUCAGUUGAGCAAGUGUUAGAUGGAUCUUUAAGGCUCCUUGAUAUUUGUGCCACAUCUCGGGAUGUCUUGGCACUAUCAAAGGAACGGCUCCAAGAUAUACAAUCAGUUCUUCGAAGAAGGUGUAUUGGUGAACUUGACAUUACUAAUGAAGUUGCUGAAUACCUAAAAACACGAAAAUCAUCCAAGAAGAUAAUCAAGAAGUGCUUGAAAGAUAUCAGUGCAGUUGGAAAAACUAAUGAGUCUAUUGCCAUCUCGAGCAUGCUUAAAGAUGUGCAAGCAUUAACAGUUGAUGUCUUCAAGUGCUUGUUGUCCUACAUCGGUGGAUCACAGAAAAGUAGCUGGUCUUUCUCAAAACUUGUUGGCCAAGGAUCCGAGAAAGAAGCAGCAGCAUCCAUCAGCGAAUUUGAUGCUGUUGAUGCUAGUCUCAGCCAGAAAAAGAACGUAAAUGUUGACAUGUCACAAUUGGUCAAAUUGGAAUCCGAAGUCCAAGAAAUUGACGAAGUGUUGGAAAGCUUGUUUAGGCAUCUCAUUAAGAACAGAUCAACUCUUCUCAAUGUCCUUAGUAAUUAG